AUGAAUUUUAAUUGGAAGAGUUUAUGGAAGAUAUCGGCUCCGACUAGAGUAAAACAUCUACCUUGGAGAAUUUGUCGGGAUUGUCUUCCGACAAGGGUGCGUCUCCGCCAUCGCCAUGUUCCUUGUGUUCUUAAUUGUCCGUUUUGUGAUAAUGACGUUGAAGAUGAUUGGCAUGUCUUUUUUGGUUGUUUGGAAGCAAUUUCUUCUUGGCGGGCAGCAGGUUUGUAUGAUGUUAUAGUUCCCCGUCUCCACUCUCUUCCGGAUGCUAAAUCUGUUAUUAUUGAUAUUUGUAGUAAGGAAGAUAAAUACCUUGCUGGCAGGGUAGCUGUAAUGAUAGAGGGUUUGUGGAAGAAUAGGAAUGAUUGGGUUUGGCAUAAUGAGAAAGAAGAAGCUACUAGACUUGGUUGGAUGGCCUUGCAUAAGUGGCAGGAAUGGUUUUCUGCUCAACAGGUCCAUCACACGGACGGUAACCAUGAGAAUCUGUUACAUUGGAAUAAGCCAUCGAGUGGUUUCUUUAAGUGUAACGUGGAUGCAGGUUUUAACCGUCAAGUAGGCACAACGAACCGUGGGUGGUGCCUUCGGGAUGAUCAUGGAGAUUUUAUUAUUGCUGGUACAGCUUGGGAUCGUGGCACUUUAUCUAUUCUAGAAGUGGAAGCCUUAGUCCUUAAAGAAGCUAUCCAUGGGGUGAUCAACCAACACCUUGAUUAUGUUCUGUUUGAAAGUGAUUCUCAGUUGGUUGUCCAGAGUUUAAGAUCUAAUGCUCAUGGCACUUCAGAGUUUAAUCUUAUUAUUUCUUCUAUUAAAUUGUUGUUACUAGAUUUUCCCCACUUUGAGGUUAAGUUUGUUAAGCGUCAAGCGAACUUGGUUGCUCAUACCUUAGUUAAGGCGGCCAGUUCUUAG